CGCCCAGGAGUUCAGUGCUGCUGUGACGUGGCAGAGCUUGGAUAAGUGGUAGCGUUAGGACCCAGCCUCAGCAGUAGGUUGAAGUUGCCAAUGCCGUAAGAGCUUUAAUUUGACCCUUACAGAGACGCUUCUUUCCUCCUGCUUCUCCCAGGAAACCAAGGGAGGAAACCAGGACACUCCCCGCCAACUACGAUACCGAUUCGCGUUGUUUAGAUGGGCCUCACAAUAUCCUCCCUCUUUUCCCGGCUCUUCGGCAAGAAACAGAUGCGCAUUCUGAUGGUUGGUUUGGAUGCUGCUGGCAAAACAACUAUUCUGUAUAAACUGAAGUUAGGGGAGAUUGUUACGACUAUCCCUACUAUAGGUUUUAAUGUCGAAACAGUAGAAUAUAAAAACAUUUGUUUCACAGUGUGGGAUGUUGGAGGCCAAGAUAAAAUUCGACCUCUUUGGAGGCAUUACUUCCAAAAUACACAGGGACUCAUUUUUGUUGUUGACAGCAAUGACCGUGAGAGAAUUCUGGAAGGAGCAGAAGAGCUACAGAAAAUGGUGAAUAUAUUUAUAUAAUUGAAAUGGAGAGAGAGAA